AUAGGGAUCACUAAUUGCUUCAAGUCUUUAUGAAAAGCCCUUCUGUAAAGGGGAAAAAAGCCCAAUUCUCCAGUUAAAGCCCAUACGACCACAAACCCAAAAUAAACAACGAAAAAAAACUACUCUUUGGCAAGCAAACCCUUUCGGCUUUCUGUAAAACCCUAGCACCCAAUUUGUGGCUCGUUAAACCUUCGGUUUCGCCAUUUGCUUGGUUGCUGCUAUCAGUCGGAGUUUAUCCAAGUACCUGCUUAGCCUCCCCAGGUUCGUCAGAGCGUUUGAUAUUUGGUUCUUGCCGCCUUCUUGUUUCGUUCUAAUCUCUGACCUACUGCUACCAAUGUGUCUGUCCUCUACUUCCUCUUUUUUCCUGGAGUUCUCGUUAGAUGUUUUAAGGUUUUGCUAGGUUGGGAAAACAGUUGACUUGUCUUACGGAUUUUUCACUUUUCAAUUGAUUUGCCUUUGCUUUGUUUGUCUGUGUGUUAUUCUCCAGCUUCUCAUUGUAUCUGAAGCUCCCAUUUUGCCACGCUUUGCCAUGUCGUUGCUGGAAGUGAUCACAAAGGCUGCUACCAAUUCCAAAGACACUGCAACUGGGUCCGAAUACCCAAUAAUCCUUAAUCCAGAUGAAACUUUUUUAAAUUUGAAGCCUCAGCUUGAAACUCCAAAUGCUACUGUCCUUGUCAGCCCUGUAUCUGGGUGGCAACCUUCCCAAACCGAUACCAAAGUCAUCGAGAUUAGCAAGAAGUUCCACCCUAAGCUGAAGCGGAAGCUCAAGGACACCAAUAGUUUCACUAAAGAAAAGUUCAUCAAACUGCUGAAGCCAUUUCUUGAGGAAGUUAGAGAGAUAUUCGGGCUCUCUGUUGCUGCUGAUUCGGCUAAUGAUGCUGAUUAUGCUUGUGCGUUGCUCCGGAAGAUAGGGUUUUUUAUGGGUCAAGAUAUGGCGAGUUUGGUUCUUGAAGCAAGUCUCAAGUUUGAGAUAUGGGACAUGUUGGAGACGUUGAUUGUUAACCGGUUAGUUGGCCAUUCAUGUUAUUCAAGCUUGGUCGAGAGCCUGAUUUCCAGAAAGAGGUCUGAUAUUCUUUGCCUAUGUAUCAAAUAUGCCACUGAUCUUGGACUGUCGGAAUUGACUGGCGUUGUGAAGUAUUUUCUGUGCCCUUCAAGAGAGGCUUACAAUGCUAUGGCAGAUGUAAGGAAAGAAUGGGAAAGCCAAGCUUUGACUGCCAUUGACAAAGCAAGCGACAUGAGCUUGUUGGACAACAAGAAGUCGAGGUUGGCUAAAGAGGCUGCAGUUCUGCUUAUGCUUGCAUAUGAUGGCUUCUCUACUUCCGAGCUCUGCCUGCAUUACUUGCUGGCAUCUUCAAAUAUUGAUGAGGUGAUUAUGUCAGCAGCGAUCAGUAAACUGAACGGUAGAGAGUUGAUGAGCUUGGUAAGAUAUUUGGGGAAAUGGUUGAAGAAGUAUGAAAGGUUUCCUGAGGCGGUACCUUGUCCCAAGGCUUCUAAUGCAUUAGGGUUAAAAGCUUGUGCUUGGGUUCCUAAACUCGAGGACAUUGUCAGAUGUUUUGGGCUGGUCGUGGAUGAAAACUUCUCCACUUUGAUACUGCACACUGAGUUUCACGAAGAGCUGAAAGCAAUUAAGGAGUAUGUUGGCUCUCUAGCCUCAGAAGCCCCACUCUGUAGUUCUGUAGCAACUUCCAUCAGCAGAUUAAGGAGUGAAGCUAAAGGUGAGCAGAGCUAGGUUCUCUUGUAAUGACCUUUUUUUUGCAUUUGAGUUAAGGUGUUGAUAGUUGAGCUAAAACUAGAGAACCGAGAGUUUUCUAUAUUGUGGGCUCAUCAUGUUCUCCCCUGUGACUCCAACUAGUCCAAUUUUGAGUUUAAGUUUCGUCCAGGUGACCAGGUCCAAUCAAUAAGCGGUUCCUUUAUUUGAUCUGGGUAGUCUAUACUAUAGUUCUUUCAGAUGAAGAGUCGAUAUUCAAUGAUGAAUUAGAGUAGGGGAGCACCAAAACUCAGUUUAAAUUGGCAUUGGAUUGAUAUUUGGAUAAAAUUAGAUUGAAGUAAAUGUAAUUCGCAUUA